AGAUGCUGCACGCCAGGUCGAGUCUCUGCGCGUUGACUUCUCUCUCCCUGGUGGCGUCGAGCUUGGCCAAGAAGGUAGAGGAGGCAGGCUUUGACUGGCAACAUCACGGAAACGGAGACAUUAUCCUGGACACUCGCAUUCGAGACUGGGUGCUGAUCCCGAUCUUUAUCAUCAUGAUCUUCUUCACUAUGCUGAGAGAGCUCGCGGGAAAGAUGAUGAACGCAACUUCUACCCCGGAGAUCAAGGCGUUCAAGGAGACUCAAGCGUUGACUCGGUCACAGCUCGUCAGGUCACACUGCUACUGGCUCACAGAGUCUUCCUUCAUGCGUCGAAAAGCGUUCUACACUGACAAGGAUCGAGGCGUCUUCAGUGACCCCAACGUCACCAAAUCAGAGAAAGAUCCUCUCGCCAUGAUGUCAGACCCUUCAAUGAUGAUGCAGCAGCAGAAGUCAAUGUUCACUGUCAUGCUGCCCCAGAUGGUCAUGAUGGGGCUGAUCAGCUACUUCUUUUCCGGAUUUGUCAUGGUCAAGAUUCCUCUUCCUCUGUCCCUCAAGUUCAAGGCGAUGACGCAAAGAGGGAUCGAGCUCUCCUCUCUCGACGUCACCUACGUCUCCUCCUUCUCAUGGU